CGUCACAUUGGAGGGGUAGUGGGUCGAACGGCAACGAUAUAAAAGGUUUUGAAUUCGUAGCAAAACGCACAGUCAAUUCAGCUUUCUGCAAAGGACUAGCUUCCCGUCUCUCUUUCAUCCCCCCCUUGAAAACAAUCACCUCAGCAGUCAUGUUCAAAUUGUGCGUUCUCCUCGCCGUCCUGUCGGUCGCUGCAGCCGGCGUCAUACCCGCGGCUCCUAUCGUCACCGCGGCGAGCAGCCAGGUCAUCGCCAGGAAUUAUAACACCCUAGCCUACGCUGCACCUGCAUACGCAGCGGCCCCCAUCGCUGCUGCACCCUUGACAGCGCCCAUUGCCGCUUCACCGUUCGCUUACACCGCUCCUCUGGCUUACAGCACCCACGCUGUGGCUCCUGCGGCAUAUCCGGCGUACGCUGCAGCGGCUCCUUUGGCGGUCUACUGAGUCCGAGAUAAUUGAAUGGAGAUCUCGAAACGGAACAUCGCUAACGAACAAUUUACCAAAAUUUUUGAUCAACAUUGAUUUGCAACCCCCUAAGGAUGAAUAAAAUUUUUCACGUAGAACAUGUAAUACGUUA